AUGGCCAAAUCCUACCUUCCCGUGUCGACGCAGGAUGUCGACAGCUCGUUGCCGCGAGCCUCUACCACCCACAUGGCUACCACCACACUGAAGGUCGGCGGCAUGACCUGCGGCGCUUGCACGUCGGCUGUCGAGAGCGGAUUCCAAGGAGUCGACGGAGCCGGCAAUGUCUCGGUCAGCCUGGUCAUGGAGCGCGCAGUCGUCCAGCACGAUCCCACCAAGCUGUCCGCCGACCGGAUUCAGGAGAUAAUCGAGGACCGAGGGUUUGACGCCGAGGUGCUUUCGACCGAUCUUCCGCAGAGCCCCAGCGGUGCUGCGGACCAUGACAGUGACGCGGCUUCGGAGGGACUAGUGACGACGACCGUGUCUGUGGGAGGGAUGACUUGCGGCGCGUGCACUUCGGCCAUCGAAGGCGCCUUCAAGGACGUCGCAGGCGUUAAGAACUUCAACAUUUCGCUGCUCUCGGAGCGCGCCGUCAUCGACCAUGAUCCAGGAAUGCUUAGCCCCGAGCAGAUUGCGGAAAUGAUCGAAGACACCGGCUUCGACGCAAAGCUUCUGGAAACAAAGCAGGCUCUAGCGCAGUCCCAGCCCCAAGGUUCCGGCAAGCGCGGGAAUGUCCUCACCACCACCGUCGCUAUCGAGGGCAUGACCUGCGGUGCAUGCACCUCUGCCGUCGAGUCCGGCUUCAGGGAUCUCGAUGGGAUGCUGCAGUUCAACAUCAGUCUGCUCGCCGAGCGCGCUGUGGUCACACAUGACCCUCGGAAACUCUCGCCAGAAAGAAUAGCAGAAAUCAUCGAAGAGAGGGGCUUUGACGCCAAGCUUCUGUCCUCAGUGGAUAGCGUGCAGGCCUCUGCCAGCAGCACAGCCCAACACCUCAAGAUCUACGGACUGGUCGACGCGAAAUCCGCAGAAGAGCUGGAAUCCACUUUGAAGGCAAUGCCUGGUGUCUUGGCUGUGUCCGUAAACUUCUCAACCUCUCGAGCCGCCAUCACGCACAAGUCCUCGGUCACCGGCCUAAGGGCGAUUGUGGAAGCUGUGGAAGCAGCAGGCUACAAUGCUCUUGUGGCCGAUUCGGAUGACAACAACGCUCAGCUCGAAUCCCUCUCCAAGACAAAGGAGAUUCAGGAAUGGCGCAGAGCAUUCAAAAUUUCGGCAUGUUUCGCUAUCCCUGUUUUCCUUAUCAGCAUGUUCAUUCCCAUGUUCCUCCCAUUCAUGAACUUCGGUAAAUGCCAACUCAUGCAUGGUCUUUGGCUUGGCGAUAUCCUGUGUCUUAUUCUCACCAUACCGGUUCAGUUUGGCAUCGGUAAGCGCUUCUACAAGUCUGCUUACAAGUCGCUUAAGCAUGGCUCUCCGACAAUGGACGUCCUGGUUGUUCUCGGCACUUCUGCGGCCUUCUUCUUCUCCGUCGCGGCCAUGCUUGUGUCCUUCCUCACUCCUCCGCACACCAAACCUGCAACCGUCUUCGACACCAGCACCAUGCUGAUUACCUUCAUCACUCUCGGUCGCUACUUGGAGAACCGGGCAAAGGGCCAGACCUCGAAGGCUCUUUCUCGCCUGAUGUCCCUCGCUCCCUCUAUGGCUACUAUCUACGCGGAUCCCAUUGCCGCGCUCAAGGCAGCGGAAGAAUGGGGCCAAGAUGAGAAGGCCAUCAGGGAUGAGUCUGCCAUGAACGGAAAUGCUGCAGAGGAAAAAGUCAUCCCAACCGAGCUCCUUGAGGUUGGCGACAUCGUCAUCCUUAAGCCCGGUGACAAGAUCCCGGCUGACGGUACCGUCACUCGUGGCGAAAGCUACGUCGACGAGAGUAUGGUCACUGGUGAAGCAAUGCCUAUUCUCAAGAAGAACGGUCAUGGUCUUAUGGCGGGCACGGUCAAUGGCGCUGGACGCGUGGACUUCAUCGUUACGCGUGCAGGUCGUGACACCCAACUUUCCCAGAUCGUUCGCCUCGUCCAAGAAGCCCAGACUACUCGCGCCCCCAUUCAGCGCCUCGCCGAUCUUGUCGCAGGCUACUUCGUCCCGGUCAUCGUCACCCUCGGCCUGGCAACGUUCGUUGCCUGGAUGGUCCUCAGCCACGCACUUCCGAACCCGCCCAAGGUCUUCAUGGACCACGCCAGUGGCGGUAGGCUCAUGGUCUGUGUCAAGCUUUGCAUUUCCGUCAUCGUUUUCGCAUGCCCGUGUGCUCUAGGACUCAGCACUCCCACAGCUGUCAUGGUCGGAACUGGUGUUGGCGCAGAGCAAGGUAUCUUGGUCAAGGGUGGUGCUGCACUUGAAAUGGCUACGAAAGUCACCCAUGUCGUUCUGGACAAGACUGGAACGCUCACUGUCGGCAAGAUGAGCGUAUCGGGCGCUGAUAUUCGUGGCGGAUGGACCAGCUCGAAGCCCAAGGAGCGCCUGUGGUGGACCUUGAUCGGCCUUGCCGAGAUGAGCAGCGAGCAUCCUAUUGCACGCGCUGUCGUCAUGGCUGCAAAGGACAACCUCGGACUUGGUGAAGACGGAGCUCUUGAUGGUAGUGCUGGUGACUUUGAAGCCACCAUUGGAAAGGGUAUCUCCGCGAACGUUGAGGCCGCUAUCUCUCCGGACCAGAAGAGAUACCGCGUUCUUAUCGGCAACGCAGACUUUCUGCGAUCACAGGGAGUUGAUGUCCCAGCGUCUUCCGAGGAAGCUGCCGCCUCAUUCAAUGACACUGAAAGCAACGAAGGCCUCGGAUCCACCGGCGUCACCACCAUCCACACCGCUGUUGACACCAUCUUCACUGGCACCAUCUCACUCUCCGAUACCCUUAAGCCUACCGCCCGCGCAACAAUCCGCGCGCUCCGCCGCCUUGGCGUCAGCGCCUCAAUCGUGACCGGUGACCAGAAAGCUCCCGCACUGGCAGUCGCCAGGGCGGUCGGCAUCCCGGCUUCCAACGUGUACGCCAGCGCCACACCCUCGACCAAGCAAGAAAUCAUCGAAGAACUCCAACGACCGCUCGCGCAAGGCGGCCAGGGCCAUGUCGUGGCCAUGGUCGGCGAUGGUAUCAACGACUCGCCCGCGCUCGCCACAGCCGCCGUCGGCAUCUCGCUCGCGUCCGGUACCGACAUCGCGAUGGAGGCGGCAUCGGUUGUCCUCAUGACACCCAACGAUCUUCUCUCGAUUCCGGCGUCGCUGCACUUGUCUCAGACCAUCUUCCGCCGCAUCAAGCUCAACCUGCUAUGGGCGUGUGGCUACAACCUCGUUGGCCUGCCCUUCGCCAUGGGAUUCUUCCUGCCCUGGGGUCUGUCCCUGCACCCCAUGGCCGCCGGCGCCGCCAUGGCAUGCUCCUCUGUAUCCGUCGUCGCCUCCUCGCUCGCCCUGCGCUGGUGGCGCCGCCCCCGUUGGAUGAGCCUCGAGAACCUCGACCCCGCCGCCGCGGCGCUCGAGGCCGCCGAUGGCAAGUCGUUGGACUCCGCAAAGAAGAGCGGCGGCAGCGGCUUCGCUAGCGUCGUGGCUUGGGUUAAGAGCUUCUGGGCCGAGAGGAAGAGGGAGAGGGAGGAAGCUGGGUAUGCGCCCGUCCCGCUGCGCGAUAUGGGUGAAGUAUAA